AAGUAAAAACAAUCACCGGCUUGCUCGCGUAAAAAUAGGUCGUGUGCCAAAUAUGGUCUUUCAUUACGUUCAAAACAUUAUGCGCGUGUUAUGGGCUGUCCUGGCGAAACAUUACAACACUAGGUACCAUAAAAGCUCAUUGAGGCUCACAGGAGUUGAUCGCUGUGGUAGCGAGAGAUGGUGUUAUAGCCCGCCUAACAACAUUCUGACUUCUGAUUUCGGCUGCCCUGACUGGAUCACUUCACUGGAUACAAUUACUCUCACCCAUCUCAAGAUGUAUGCCAAAGAUAUGAAAUCUAAAUCAGUGUUCAGCAGUAUAAAAUUGUUUGUUUUAUGUCACGGCCUGCUGCAGCUCACCCAGCUCCUGUACAGCUCCUACUUUAAGAGCACCAUCACCACCAUCGAGAGGCGCUUCGGCCUCAGCAGCUUCUCCUCCGGGACCAUCUCCUCCCUGCACGAGGUGGGGAACACGGUGCUGAUCGUGUUUGUGAGUUACCUUGGCGGCAGGGUCCAUCGGCCUCGACUCAUUGGCCUGGGUGGUAUUUUGAUGUCCAUCAGCGCCCUCAUCCUGGCUCUACCCCACUUCCUGUCUCAGCCAUAUGCGUUUGACUCUGCCCUGCAUGAUCGCCAGGACCUGUGUUCGGUCAAGGUCAACUCCAACAUGACAGAGUCCUGUGGGAUGUCAGAGACCAAGCGGAUUGCUGAUACUAACAACCUGUGGUUGCUAAUGGCAAUAGCUCAGCUUCUGUUCGGCGUGGGGUCUGUUCCCAUACAGCCCUUUGGAAUCUCUUACGUGGAUGACUUUGCCGGACGAGGCAACUCCCCAUUAUACAUAGCCAUUCUGUUCGCUGUGUCCGUGUUUGGACCGGUUUUCGGUUUCCUGCUAGGCUCUGUCAUGCUGACCAUCUAUGUGGACGUGGACAGAACCGGAUCAGUCAACAGUGCGGAGCUGUCCCCCACGGACCCUCGCUGGGUGGGUGCCUGGUGGAUGGGUCUCCUGAUCUCCUCUGCCUCCCUGGCCCUGACCUCCAUACCGUACUUCUUCUUUCCCCGCAGCAUGCCCGUGGAAAGCACUGUGAGGUGUGGAACUCAAAUUAACAUUCUGACUGAAGACUCCAAAAGGCCAGAGGUCUCGCUGCUUGAAUUCAUCAAAAUGUUUCCGAGGUUGUUUGUCCGGCUGCUUCUCAGUCCCCUGUUCCUGCUACUGGUCCUCUCGCAGUGCUGUUUCUCCUCUGUCAUCGCCGGCCUUGCCACCUUCCUCAACAAGUUCCUGGAACGACAGUACAGCACCACCGCGGCAUACAGCAGCCUGCUCAUAGGCGCGGUAAACCUUCCGGGUGUUGCCUUUGGGCUGCUGGCUGGUGGGUUCAUCAUGAAGAGGACGGGUCUAACUCUAAAAACCAUCCCUCGUUUCUCCGUUACCAUGCUCUCCAUCUCCAUCGUCCUCCUCAUCCCUCUUUUCUUCAUGGGUUGCCCGACACAGAGAGUGGCGGAGGUCAACUAUAAACCACAAGGGUCUUUGGCUGGGUGUCAUAACAACUGCUCCUGCUCCAGUACCUCCUUCAACCCGGUGUGUGGCGCUGAUGAUACCGAGUACACCUCCCCCUGUCACGCAGGGUGCAGUGACUACGACCGGGACCCGGACAACCCGCGCAGGGUUCUGAGGUACACCAACUGUAUCUGCCUGGGUGGGAGACCGGACAGUCAAACUGCCCGCCCCGGGCCCUGUCCCAACACAUGCCCUCACUUCCUCCUCCCUGUCAUGUUCCUCAUCUCAUUGGCCGGGCUGAUCGCCUCCCUCACACACAACCCCAUCUACAUGAUGGUACUCAGAACUGUUCCCCAAGAAGACAAAUCGUUUGCUAUAGGAGUUCAGUUUCUGCUCAUGAGAUUACUUGCAUGGUUGCCGGCCCCAGCUCUAUUCGGCAUAGUCAUCGACAGUUCCUGUGUCUGGUGGAAACGUGUGUGUGGCAAAAAGCUGGGAUGUGGUUACUAUGACAAUAACAUUCUGAGGAACAGGUACCUGGGGCUACAGGUGGGCUUCAAGGCGAUGGGGAUCUUCCUGCUGGCAGUGGUGGGCUGGAAGGUCCAGAGGAUCAGGGAGUACAACCUGGAAAAGACCCCCGAUGGGCCGCUGUGAUCACCCCUGUCCGCCUGGCUACUAUCUAACCCGUGUCACGUGAGACAGACACUCUCUGAGGUCAACUGAGAUCUGUGAUACCACGUCCUGCCCGUCCCCUUACUAUAAAGAGGGGCUGUCUCUGAUGUCCACAGAGAUGUCAACCCAGCGUGUUACUAUAAUAUUUUCAUGGGCGAAAUACUUUUUCUCUGUUAUUAUGAUACUACCUCCCGUCGGGUUCCUUGCUGCAUAACUAACUGGGGAGAUGAGACACACCAAACUCUGAGCCCCACAGCCGGAUCCCUUCAGAUGUCUGCUGAAGUGAACCAUCUCCUUUCAACACACCUGAUCCAGUACCCUCAGGCCCUGUCUGAAUGAUCUCCUCUCGACCCAUCUGAUCCAGGAUCUCCUGCACUGUCUGAAUGAUCUCCUCUCACUUCACCCUCACCUCGCACCACGCUGAGCUGGUUGUAAUGACAUCUCGAAAGCUUUUGCCCUGAGGUCCACUGUGCCUUUUAGGAGUCCGGUUAAGUGCUAGCCUUUUUUUCUGAUAUCUUAACCCAUCGCAUCUUCCAAAGAACCCCUGGACCUGUGGAUGGACCAGCUCUCUUUCAGAACAUCUUGGUUAUGAAGAAGACCACACCCACCCCUCUGAAGAUGUACCAGACAAGGAAGGUUGUUGACUCACUGGAAGGGAAAGGUGAGGGUUUAUUUUAAUUUGAAGGAUCACGUCACCUUUGGAUGCACAGAGAGAACAGCAAUGUAUUCUACAAACAUGUACUUGUAUGUUUUUAUACUUGUAUACCUGCUGAUGUUUUUCAUUCAGGUUUCUAGUUGCAAGAGGCAACAAAUUUAAAGCUAGCUUAAUAUUUAAGUUAAUUAUCAAUGUUUGUCUCUUACAUAGAGGCAUUUAGUGAACAUUAUUUAGUUAUAUUAGCUUUUCUUGGAUGUUUCAUACACAGAAUAGUAAUUUUAUAAUUAUGUGAUUUAAUGUGGGGCAAUGGCUUUAAUCAUGAUAACAUGCAAUGCCUCCACAAUCCAUUACACUGUUUAAAUCAUUAUACUCCUGUCGAAAUAGAAUGUCAAUAUUAUAUUAUGGUCAGUUAUGGUCAUGUUCCUUUAUGUGCCUUAUAUGCGACAACAAAUGAAUGUGACUAUUGUAAAUAAUAAAAUAUAUGUUUAUAUAGUA